CUAAAGCAAAAUAUAGAAGAUCUUUAGGACUUGCAAGAAAAUUAUUAGAUUUAGCACAAAAAUUAGAUUACUUUAAUAAAAUAAAUGGAAUUUUUCAGAAUUUUAUUGAUGAAAAACAAUAG